CUGACGAUCGAAGGACUUCGAGACCAUGAAAAAGUUCACGUUCAAGGGGGUGCUGGACAAUUUUCGAAACUCGGUGGUGCAGCCCCAAACGCGGCCAGAUCAGGAAAUCCAGGAAGCGCUGAAACCAGAACAUUUUCAAGUUAAGAGGACAUUUCGCCAUGGAUUUCCUUACCAGCCCACAGCCAUGGCCUUCGAUCCAGUGCAAAAACUGCUGGCCAUCGGAUCAAAGUGCGGUUCCCUCAGGAUUUUGGGCCAACCUGGCGUGGACGUCCACGUGAGGCACGACAUGGAGGGCCCCCCAGGAUCUGCCGCGGUACUACACCUGCAGUUCCUGGUCAACGAGGGGGCCCUGAUAACUGCCACUGCGGACGACACCCUACAUCUGUGGAACUUUCGGCAAAAAGUACCCCAAAUAGUACAGAGUUUAAAGUUUCAAAAAGAAAAGAUAACCUGUAUGCACCUUCCUUUACAGUCAAAAUGGCUGUACAUUGGUACAGAGAAAGGGAACGUUCACAUAGUACAAAUAGAAAAUUUCUCGCUGUCUGGCUACGUGAUUAAUUGGAACAAAGCAAUAGAAUUAACUAGAAAAACUCAUCCCGGAUGUAUAGUACAUCUUAGUGACAAUCCUUUAGACGCCAGCAAACUGUUAAUAGGUUACGAAUCAGGCCAAGUAGUACUAUGGGAUCUCAGAAGCAAAAUGUCCGACAUGCGAUGGCAGACUGCCGAACUGAGGUCGAUCGCGUGGCACUACGAGGGUAAACAGUUCAUGUGUUCCCACACAGAUGGCACCCUGACCACGUGGAACAUUCGAAAUAAUCAAAAAUCUGUGCACGUUUCGCAACCACACGCUAAAUUAAAUAAAGAUGGUAAACCGGAACAAUGUAAAACAAUCAAUAAAGUCGAGUGGAAGAGUAGCAAGACAGGUGAAUCAUUUGUGAUAUUUUCUGGAGGCAUGCCCUACGACCAAGCUCGAACGCCCAGUAUUACAGUUGUACAUAACAAAACUACCACAGUACUCGAAAUGGAGCACAACGUCAUCGAUUUCGUCACUGUGUGCGAAUCACCCUACAUUAGUGAUAUUCAAGAACCCACCGCUAUCAUUGCCCUACUCCAGAACGACCUGGUCGUUAUGGACCUCCAAACUCCGGGAUUCCCCUGUUUAGAAAACCCUUAUCCCAUGGACAUUCACGAGUCACCAGUGACGUGCGUCAGUUACCUGGCGGACUGCCCUGCCGACUUGAUCCCUGCGUUCUACUCAGUGGGUAGGGCGGGAGCUCUUAAAAGACAGGGAUUUAGUGAUAUGGACUGGCCGAUCAACGGAGGCAGCUGGUCUGCGCAGGCGUGUAGCUACGCCGAAGUGAUACUUACGGGGCACGCAGAUGGUAGUAUUAAGUUUUGGGAAGCCAGCGCUGGCACGCUGCAAGUUUUGUACAAGUUAAAAACGGCCAAGGUUUUCGAAAAACCGAAAACGCGCUCUGUGGACGCCGAGGAUGAUCCUUUCGCGAUAUAUCUAAUAUCCCUCUGCCCCGAAUCCAGGAAACUAUGUGUAGCUGGAGCUUCUAGUCAUGUUAUUCUUUUCACGUACAAGAAAACAGAAAGUAACGACGAAGUUAUGGUACUAGAGAUUCCGAUAGUUUACGAGGUUAUUGAGGACGAGAUAUCGCCGGACUGUCAGUUUUCUGGACCAGGAAGUGCGGGCUCAGGAAACAGGCUAGAUUUGUUGGACUUAGACAAUAAAAAAGAGGGACCUACGCUUAAAGUGCGAGCAGGCAAUCAGAAAAAACCUCCCGGAUUCCAGGCGCAACUGGUGUGCCUCACUCCCUGGAGUAACGGGGAACCCCCCAGUCACAUCUCGUCACUAACAAUCAACAGUUCUUACGGACUAAUGGCAUAUGGAAACGAAUCAGGCCUGGUCAUCAUCGACAUAGAACAGAGGGUUUGCCUCCUGAACGUUGGCAGUCCCGACCUGUACGGCGCGCAAGACCCUUAUUCUAGGGUCCCUAGGAGCCCUAAGAAGAACCAGUUAGUUCCGGACAGUCUGGCACAGGAGUUGGAAAGGCAACCUCGAAGUCCUAGCAUAGACCAGAUGGGACGUUCUCCAGAGUCCCCGUUCAAUUUUGGCACCGUUCCCUGUCCCACUCCGGUGGAGCAGGCCCAGGAGGCGCUGGAAGACGAGAAGGACGCCAUUCCCAUACCGAUGCUGGCCGUGAGGAGGAAAUCGUCCACGUGGAAGGGCCUGAAACGUCAGCUGAGCAAGGUCGAUAUGAAACUGAAGAACUCGCUGAAGGAGAAACGGCACAGUAUAUUCUAUUCGGGCGUUUUGCCAGGGAGCGAAUUGAUCGAUAACUUGGAGGAGCAGGAGAAUGGCAGUUCGCCAGACUCGGCUGAGGAGAACACCGUGGUGGAUCCCUACGGCCGUGUUAAAUCUCCCACCCCACUCCACGAACCUGCUCACAGCGAGCUCUCCUCCGGACAGAUGUCGCCCGAAGUGGACGAACCCUUCGACACAGUUCUCUUAGCGCCUGACCCUCCAGGCAGCCGCAAGAUGAGCCUGGCCAUCCGACCUGAUAACCUAGACCUGGAAGACGACAACGGAGUUCCCAUUCGACCACCCAGAGGCUAUAAAAAGAAGGGUUCCCAGCAGAAACGCGACGGCGAGCGGUUCCUGCCUGUGCCUAACGUCAAAGUAUCCAGAGGGGAUGGCAAUAUGGUGGUUAGAGACUUGAGGGAUAAGGACGAUUGUGUGGUCAGUCCGCCGGCUUCGUUCACCGGGAGUUUUAUGAGACGUUUCAGUCGGGUAGACAAAAUGGACAGCAGCUUCUCCAGAUCUAGGUCGAGUUCCAUGAGCAGCCUGGAAAACAUUACCUCUGAGUCGAUACAGUGUUUGGUUUUCGCAGAUUCGUACACCAAAAAGUCAGAACCUACAGUUUUAACGCCAACCCUUUGGGUCGGUACCAGCCUGGGCUCGGUACUAACAAUCUUGGUUACGCCUCCCGAUUCAGAUAGUCGGUCGUCCCAACCUGUGGUGGUUUCGAUGGUAGGCAUGACCAUUUUCAGGCUGAAAGGUAGCAUUUUGACGUUGUCAUUUCUGGACUGCAACGGCGCACUCAUACCGUAUUCAUAUGAGUCUUGGCGAGACGACAACAGAGACAGGAAGGAGCGAGAUAGAACGCCUACCAGGAACCAAAACAGGAUGAGUCCGACAAUGGGAGAGAACACCACGAGGAGCGACAAUUACAACGAUAGGCAGUUCGUCGUGAUAGCCAGCGAAAAACAGGCUAGAGUCGUAGCUCUGCCCUCGCAAACGUGUAUUUACAGACAGCAAUUGGCCGACAGCGACUUCGUGGUCAAGGCAGAAGUUAUUUCGUUUAAAGACAGUGUAUGUCUCGCAUGUUACGUCUCCAACGGACACCUCAUGGCCUACAGUCUGCCCAGUCUUCGACAACUCCUUGACAUCGACUUUCUACCGUUAUCCGAACUAAGUUUUCAGACACCCAGUAAUAAGGGAAUUGUAGAUCCCAUGUUAUCGAUAUGGGGACAGCAACUUAUCGUAAACGAGGAUACCGAUCAGAUCGCAAGAACAUUCGGCUUUAGCAACAAAGGACACGGUCUGUAUCUAGCGUCGCCAUCGGAACUGCAGAAGUUUACUUUGUGCACGGACUUUUGCGCUGACUUAACAGAGAUGCUGGGAGACCUUUUCUUAACCUGCGAGAUGCCAGAACCACCAAAAGUUGGCUUCUUCAAAGGCCUGUUCGGAGGCGGAGUUAGCUCUUUGGAUCGAGAGGAACUAUUCGGAGAAUCAAGCGGCAAGGCGAACAAAUCCAUCGCCAAACACAUUCCGGGCAGCAUGCAAGAGGUCGGCCAAAGGGCGAACACGGCCUGCAGCGAGGUCAGCCGCGCCCACAAGCUCAUGCUCGAGAGGGGGGAAAAGCUGAGCCAAUUAGAGGACAGAGCGGAGCGCAUGCGCAACGAGGCGGAGAACUUCAGCUCGUCGGCGCACGAGCUGAUGCUCAAGUACAAGGACAAGAAGUGGUACCAGUUAUGAAGCGCCAUCUGGGGGAAAUUAUUCAUGGUUUAAGCCACGUAACGAACGUCUAAGUCGCAUUGUUUGAUCACCCGCUUGUACCGUAUGAUAAAAAAAAACGGUGUCAAAGACGGCUGGGAAGAUAAUUUUAGCGAGGUCAAGCCCUACACGUUAUUAAGAAG